AUGAAAGCAUUUCGAUUUGAAAAACCACGCGCUGGAUUGAGCCUUCGGCACAUCCCAAUUCCUAAGCCAGGCCCGAGCCAGGUCCUCAUACAGGUCAAAGCAGCUGGGCUCUGCCAUUCAGAUUGUCAUCUACUUAAAGGGGACGGAUUAGUGACAACGCCAAUCACUCUUGGACAUGAGGUGUCUGGGAUUGUUGCGUCCGCUGGAUCUGAAGUCAGUGGGUUUCAGCCUGGCGAUCGAGUAGCGAUAGGCUUGCGUUCCCAUCCCUUCGAGAGCCAAGAAUGGACAUCAGCACCCGGUCUAGGUUGUGACGGGGGCUAUGCCGAAUAUGCGCUCGCGUCUGCGGCACUUCUGGAACGAAUACCUGAAAAUGUAUCCUUCGCACAAGCGGCGGUCGCAACGGAUGCCAUGGCGACUGCGUAUCACGCUGUGGUAGUCGAAGCUAAUGUGCGCCCGGGGAUGACGGUCUGCAUCAUUGGUAUCGGAGGGCUAGGCAUGUCGGGACUUGUAUUUGCUGUCCUGCUAGGAGCGGAUGUAUACGCCGUUGAUGUGGUUCCCACGAAGUUGAAGGAGGCAGUCCGCCUGGGUGCUCACGAGUGCUUCGAAAACCUAGAUGAAGCUAGGGGCGUGGACUUUGACGUCAUUAUCGAUUUUGCUGGCACAGGGCAGACCACAAGUAUGGCUGUUGAGAAAACCAGGAAAGGUGGCAAAGUGGUGGUUGUCGGCCUGGCGGCGUCCAGCAUCACAGUCUCCGUCACGGCGUUGGUAACACGCAGCAUCAGCAUAAUCGGUUCGUUUGGCGCCAGUCAGGAUGACUUGAGGGCUGUUUUCAAACUGUUGGCAGAUGGAAAAGUCCCGCUGGAGUUGUGUGAGAUCGACUUCGCAGAUAUUCCAGCUGGACUGGAUGCCUUGAACAAGGGCUGCGUUAGUGGAAGGCUUUGGACGGACCCGAGCAAAGCUAUAAGGAACGGAAUGGCUAAGUUUUAA